AUUCAGAAUGGCGCCACACGGUCGGGUCGAGUCGCUUCCUGCCUGUAACCUUCGUCUUCUUUGGUCGAAAUCCUCGCCGACUUCUUUGCCCCUCUCCCGGCUUCCUAGUUUCGCCCCCAAAACUAUCUCCCGACCAAACCCUUGCGAUUAGAGAUAACUGGGAAGGAACGACGGACGACGGGAUCGCGGUGUACAGAGACCCGAAAUCCCUAUCUUUCUCUUUCCGCUCCGCUCUGUUCCUCCUAAAGGAUCGCCUGGCAAGAUUUGGGUUAAAUCCUGCUCUAAAUCCGAACCUGCAGGAUUUUGUUUGACUUAAAUCCCACUCAAAUUCUGCUACCAAAGAGCCCUUUAAGGCCACGUUAAGCUUAUCAAGAAGAGGUGCAUUUCUGAACUUUGGAAGUUAGCGAAAUCAGGGCAUGGGCAAGAACGAUUUCCUCACGCCCAAGGCUAUCGCGAACAGGAUCAAAGCCAAAGGGCUGCAGAAGCUGCGAUGGUACUGCCAAAUGUGCCAGAAGCAGUGCCGGGAUGAGAACGGUUUCAAGUGUCACUGCUUGAGCGAGAGCCAUCAGCGUCAGAUGCAGGUAUUUGGCUUGAACCCUAACCGAGUCAUUGGGGGCUACUCGGAGGAGUUUGAGCGCACUUUCCUUGACCACAUGCGCCGUUCCCACCGCUUCUCUCGCGUGGCUGCCACCGUUGUCUACAAUGAGUACAUCUCGGAUCGCCACCACAUUCACAUGAACUCCACUGAGUGGGCAACCCUUACAGAGUUUGUCAAGUAUCUUGGACGUACCAGCAAGUGCAAGGUCGAGGAGACACCUAAGGGUUGGUUCAUCACUUACAUAGAUCAAGACUCAGAGACUAUUUUCAAGGACCGCCUAAAGAACAAACGGAUGCAGUCUGAUUUGGCUGAGGAGGAGCGCCAGGAGUGUGUCAUCGCCAAACAAAUUGAGCGUGCGGUCGCCCUCCUCCCUUCCACAUCCGACUCCAUUGAAGAAAUUUGGAACACACCCCAAUACGAGGACACUCAGCUUCAGCAGACUAAAUCUUUGGAGAAGAUUAUGUUUUCAAUCCAACCCGCCUCAGCAGCAUCUUCAAAACCUAUUGUCGCGGGGGAUAAGAGUGGCAUUCCUAUAAGCAACAAUGCAAACUUGGGGUUUGGUGAGGAUCCUGAGUUUGAAGGGAAGGCUAAGAAGGCCAAGUCUGCUUCUGGUAAUGCUUGCAAUGCAGCUACUAGUGGCAAAUCAGCACUGGAUGAAUUGAUGAAGGAAGAGGAGAUCACAAAAGAGAGAAUGAAUAGAAAGGACUACUGGCUAUGUGAGGGGAUUGUGGUGAAGGUGAUGAGCAAGACCUUGAUAGAUAAGGGAUAUUAUAAGCAGAAAGGAGUUGUACGAAAGGUAAUUGAUAAGUAUGUAGGGGAGAUUGAAAUUCUAGAGAACAAGCAUGUGUUAAGGAUUGAUCAAGAGGAGCUGGAGACGGUUAUUCCACAGAUUGGAGGUGUUGUAAAGAUUGUGAAUGGGGCUUAUAGAGGUUCCUCUGCGAGACUACUUUCUGUUGAAACUGAAAGGUUUUGUGCGAAGGUUCAAAUUGAGAAGGGGAUUUAUGACGGGAGGGUGCUUCAGGCGGUAGAUUAUGAGGAUAUUUGCAAGUUUCUUCCAUGAGUAGCUUCAUGUGCACGGGACGGGGAGAAGCUUGAAUUAGGGGUAAAAGCAAUUCACUUAUUCUGCUUAGCUGACUUAGUUUCAAGUUUCAGAGUUCGUGAGAGACAGGUAAGGUCGCCUCAAUUCAUGGAAUGAAAAGUAAUUUACUAGGAAUAGUGAUCUUAUGCUGCCAUCAUAAAAAAUCUGUAAUAAUUACUUUGCCUUCCUUUUUCUUAUUACUUUUCAUCCUUAAGGGAUUUAUGUUUAGAAGCAGAUGGUAUUUUAGGCAUUCAUUUCUGUGAAAGUUGUAUCCGUAUUUGCUUGAAUAAGACUAUAGAGUUUGUAAAAGUGAGUCUCAAAAUCGGAUUGUAUUAAUCUGGUUGAGCUUACUCUUCACGGCUAGGAUGAGCUGCACAAAGAAAAAUGGACUGAAAAAGGCUUUUUGAUCUGGCAAAAUGAAUCUUAGUUUGUUUAAUGUCAGGGUAAAUUUGAUGUGUACUCAAUUAGUAAUUUAGCAUGCAAUUUUUCUCAAUCAAAUAUGGCCAUAUAUUUUGAAAAAGGAAGAG